GUCUCCUGUUGUGGACAAGCUUAGGGCUGGAUGGUGCUCGCAAUGUGCCCAGAUAUCAGACCCCUGCCCCGCUGGGCUCUGCAGAUGGACCCGCCCCACGCUCCACUCUGGGGACGCUGACACACUCAUCUGGUCAGCUUGAAGCUUGUUUGCUCCGGGUUGCCCAUUCCCGGCGCCGCUUCACCCCUCCUCACACCGGCCUUUGGCCUGCAGCCUGGGUCACUUACCCCGCCUUGCCCCACCAGGACCACCUCCUGCCACGGCUCCCGCCGCGCUCACCACCUGCUCUGCGCCCUCACCAAGACCUGGUUCCUACUUUUCUUUCCUGACUUUCUGAGAUUCUCCAGGUAACUUCCCAGUCAGAAGUGGAGGACUCUUCCUGGUUCCAGCUUGGCAGUGAAGUGGAAGUGGAGUCAGUCUUGUGUGCUAAUACUCGUCCAGGAAACUGCAUGGAGCGCUUGCGAAAGCUAGGAAACCGCGGCAUGGAAGACUUUUCUCUGAAGUGGGGAAUUUGAAGGACUAUCCUUGUAAUAGCAAAGCUCAUCAGUCACUUCCCUCUGAGUCCUGCAGAAUGUCUGGCCAUCUCUUCUGUGAAGCAGAAGUCCCAAAGCAUCGUUCUGCCUUGUUUUGAAAAUGUUCAGCAAUCACUUUCCUGUUGGACCUGCAUGUAAAAUCUGCACAGCAUACCGUUGAGCAGCCCAAAGUAGUAGCAGGUUUUUUUCAACCAGUGAUUAGGCUUGCCAGAAUGAAAGCAACUCCAGUGGAGUUUCUUAAAUACCCAUCAUCUUUUAAGCAAGAUGCAGUGACAUAUGAUGAUGUGCAUAUUGAUUUUACUUGGGAAGAGUGGACUUUGCUGAAUCCUUCCCAGAAGAAUCUCUACAAAGAUGUUAUGCUGGAGACCUACAGGAACCUCACUAUUAUAGGUUACAGUUGGGAAGACCAUAAUAUUGAAAAGCAUUCUCCAUGGUCUAGAAGAUAUGAAAGGCAUGAAAAAAGUCAAACUGGAGGGAAAUCUUAUGUAUACCCUCAAAGUAUUAAAGCCAUUGCAUAUGACAGUCAUCGUGAAAGGCAGAAAAGAACACAUACUGAAGAGAAAUCCUAUGAAUGUAAUCAGUGUGGUAAAACCUUUGCACGUCACAGUCAUCUUCAAAUGCAUAAAAGAACACAUACUGGAGAAAAACCUUAUGAAUGUACUCAGUGUGGUAAAGCCUUUGCAUGUAUCAGUACUCUUCAUAGACAUAUAAGAACCCAUACUGGAGAGAAGCCCUAUGAAUGUAAUCAGUGUGGUAAAGCCUUUUCCCGUAAUAGUAAUCUUGAAAUACAUAAAAGAAUACAUACUGGAGAGAAACCAUUUGAAUGUACUCAGUGUGGUAAAGUCUUUGUAUGUUACAAUAGUCUCCGAAUACAUGAAAGAAUGCAUACUGGAGAGAAACCCUAUGAAUGUGAUCAGUGUGGUAAAACCUUUGCAAGGCACGGCCAUCUUCAAAUGCAUAAAAGAACACAUACUGGAGAAAAACCUUAUGAAUGUACUCAGUGUGGUAAAGCCUUUGCAUAUAUCAGUACUUUUCAUACCCAUAUAAGAACCCAUACUGGAGAGAAACCCUACGAAUGCAAUCAGUGUGGUAAAGCGUUUGCCAGUCACCGAAAUCUUGAAAUACAUAAAAGAAUACAUACUGGAGAGAAACCCUAUGAAUGUAAUCAGUGUGGUAAAGCCUUUGUAUGUUACAAUAGUCUCCAAAUACAUGAAAGAACACAUACUGGAGAGAAACCCUAUGAAUGUGAUCAGUGUGGAAAAGCCUUUGCAUGUCACAGUCAUCUUCAAAUUCAUAAAAGAACACAUACUGGAGAAAAACCGUAUGAAUGUGCUCAGUGUGGCAGAGCCUUUUCAGGUAUCAGUACUCUCCAUAGACAUAUAAGAACACAUACUGGAGAGAAACCCUAUGAAUGUAAUCAGUGUGGUAAAGCCUUUGCCCGUCACAGUAAUCUUGAAAUACAUAAAAGAACCCAUACUGGAGAGAAACCCUACGAAUGUAAUCAGUGUAGUAAAGCCUUUGUAUAUUACGGUAGUCUCCGAAUACAUAAAAGAAUGCAUACUGGAGAGAAACCCUAUGAAUGUAUUCAGUGUGGCAAAGCCUUUACAUGUAACAGUCAUCUUCAAAUGCAUAAAAGAACACAUACUGGAGAGAAACCCUAUGAAUGUACUCAGUGUGGUAAAUGCUUUGCAAGUCAGAGUCAUCUUCACAUUCAUGAAAUAACACAUACUGGAGAGAAACCCUAUAAAUGUACUCAGUGUGAUAAAGCCUUUACAUAUCGCAGUGUUCUUCAAAGGCAUAAAAAACACAUACUGGAGAGAAAUCCUAUCAAUGUAUUCAGUGUUAUAAAGUCUUUGCAUGUAUCAGUACUCUACAAAGGCAUAUAAGAACACAUACUUGAUAGAAACCCUAUGAAUGUAAUCAGUGUGGCAAAGCCUUUACCAGUCAGGAUUAUCUUCUCACUCAUAAAAGAACACAAACUGUAGAAAAACCCUAUGAAUGCACUCAGUGUAGUAAAUCCUUUGUAUAUAAGAAUAAUCUCUGAAUACAUGAAAGAACCACACUGGACAGAGAGAAAGAACCACACUGGACAGAGACCCUGUGUGUGUAAUCAGUGUGGUAAAGCCUUUGUAUGUAAUCAUUAUCUUCAAAUGCAUAGAUGAACAAAUAAAGGAGAGAAACCCUAUAAAUGUAAUCAGUAUGGUAAAGCCUUUGCAUGUCACAGUGAUAUUCAAAGACACAAAACACAUACUUGAGAAAAAUCCUUUGAAGGUAAUUAUUGUGGUAAAGUCUUUUGCAAGUCGCAGUCAUCUUCAAAACCAAAAGAACACAUACUGGAGAGAAACCCUAUAAAUGUAAUUAAUGUAAUAAAGCCUUUGGAUAUUGCAGUGUUCUUCAAAGGCAUAAAAUAAUACAUACUUGAGAAAAUCACUAUGAAUGUAUUCAGUGUUGUAAUGCCUUUUCAUGUCACUGUCAUUUUCAAAUGCAUAAAAGAACACAUACUAGAAAGAAACCCUAUGAAUGAAUGUAAUCAGAUGGUAAAGCCAUGAAUGUCAUGGUCACUUUCUGAUGCACAAAACAGCACAUACUUGAUAGAAACCCUAUGAACAUACUCAGUGUGGUAAAGUCUUUGGCAUGCCACAACCAUCUCCUUAUAUGGAGAGAAAACCUAUAAAUAUAAUCUGUGUGAUAAAGGUUUGCAGUAGUAGUUAUCAAAUGCAUAAAAGUACUCCUACUGGAGAAAAACCCUAUGUAUGUAAUCAAUAAUGUAAAGUUUUUGCAUGCCCCAGUCAUCUUGAAAUGCAUAAAAGAACACAUACCUUAGAGAAAGACAUGAAUGUAAUCAGUGUAGUAAAUCAUUUGCAUAUCUCAAUGGUCUUCAAAGGCAUAAAAGAACACAUGAGAGAAAUUCUAUGACUAUAUUUAGUGUGUUACUGCCUUUUAUGUCACAAUAGCUUUUGAAUACAUUAAAGAACCUGUAUUGGCCAGAAACCCAAUGAAUGUACUCAUUGUGGUCAAACCUUUGCCUGUCAAAAAGUCUAUAAAAGAGUAAAUGAACACAUACUGGAGAACACAUAAUCUGAGGAUUAGCAUGUAUUCACCCACUGAGAACUCCUUAAUAUUCUAUUCAUACUCUGUCUUGAUGUAAUUCAUUAUCAAGUCACAGUACAAACUGGAGAACACAUACUCUGUGAAUUACCACGUGUUCAUGUCACUCACUGAGAAUUUAAUAGUUUACUCAUACCCUGUUUUGAUGUAAUUCUAUAUCAAAUUGCUAUAGACACAUGAAGGCUCCCUCUCAACUGCUUGUGAAGGCCCAAAAUUAGAGCCUGUUUUUAUCCUAACAGAUAUUCAGAAUAUCUAAAUGUACUUUCAACCUCUCUCUCUCUCUCUCUCUCUCUCUCUCUCUCUCUCUCUCUCUCUCUCUCUCUCUCUCUCUCUCUCUCUCUCUGUAAUAUGAGGUUACCUGCCAAGUGGUUGCCUUUGGGAUAUUUGAGCUAGAGUGGUUUUAGUACCUAAACAACAUAAUGCUAAUGCCUUGAUGCCUCAAAGUGUUAAAACAAUUGACUUUUCAAGUUGUCCUUUGUAUCAUGUUAAAGAAGUUGUUUUUUUUUUUUUUUACAUUCUUCUUGCUUUUGUAUUGGGGUAUAGUAGUUUAUGGAAAAUUAAACAUGGACAAUUUCAAUAUUCAUUGGAAUGCUCUCCCAGUAUUUUUUUGUUAUUAAAAAUAUGAAAUUUUUUACUAAUAUAUCUAAAUCCCCGUGCCUGUACCCUAGUAAGGUGUUUUUAUUUAGGCCAGUUCCCAACAUAUGGUGCCCAACGUAGGAUGGUCACUAACAUAUAGUGUGCCACAAUGUGGGGCUAACCAGUGAACCCUGAAAUAAACAUAAGUGUGGCCAGGUGUACAAGAUAAUAUGUGAGGGAACCCACAAGAAUACUCUGUACCAGAUCCACAGCCACUGAUUUUGAAGGGUCUUUAUCUCCCAAGUGGUGCGUGGGAGGUUUCUCUUGCUUCUGCUGAUACCAAGCUAAUAAACACUCAGUUUCCUCACUAGUCUGUCAAGUUUUCAUCAUGUUUUCCCAGAAAUACAAAGAGAAAAGAUGGAGUCUGGUUUGUCUUUACAUCACAUGUGACAGACACCUGGCAUUAAAAAUAGAAAACAAAUACUUAACAAAUCACUAACAUUCCUAACCUACUCAUUUUUUUUUUUUUUACAAGCUCAAUAGCACUAACCAUAGCUAAGCAAAUACACACAGAUGUUAUUCCUUAUCUGGGAGCCAGCACAACAGCAAUCUCAUGGUUGGGAAAACACAUGGCCAUGCUGUGUCCUGAUGACAAAUGACUCCUUUAAAGGUAUGGUCAGUCAAUGGAGAAGACCUCAAGACAGGAUAUGGUAAUCUGUGGUAGCUGGGCACAGUUACUGAACUGACACAUUUCUCUAAGGACUCAGCAAGGGUCAGGGUCCCAAGGUGCCUCCUGCCUGAAUGAGGUUGUAUUUUUCUACAAAGAAUAUACAAGUUUCUUGAAGCCAAAAGGAAAGAGCAUUGGUAUGUUGUAAUAUUUUUUUUUAAUAUUUCAAGAUUUAUUUUAUGUGUUCCUUGACAUUACCUAGGAAUAUGUGUGUUGCACAAUCUUAGAAGUAUAAAUAGGUUAUGGGCACAUUUUCUUUACCCAAUUCAGUCCUAUUCAUCACUGAUACCUUUUUUCAAACUGGAUGUAUAAACAUGGCUGUUGAGGCCAUUAGUGGGCUCAUAUAUGUAUACUUAAUUGCUCACUACUUUGCACUGGAGAAUAAAUUAUGGGGUUCAUCUCUAGAAAAAAACUACUUUUCUCACCCUGGGCAGUUAAAAAUUACUGAUAGCUCUUCACCUAGUGUCAGGGUUCUACAAGAGCUCCACCAUCCCAAUUGGUAUAUCUUUUUUUUUUUUUUUUUGUCAUUCAGGUCUUCUUAAGCCAUAUUGUUGAAUUUUUAUGAUCGUAGUUCUUUCAUUUUUAUAAGACACACUCUCAGAGAAGACAUCCUGGUUUCAUUGCUCUUCCACACACUCUUCUGAAUUGUUCUCUGAGCCUGAGGUGUGAAACUGGUGUUACAGGUAUAAAGGGUUUAACUUUUUUCUUCUAUCAAUUGAUAUUUUAAUUGUUACACCAAUAUAUAAUUGAUCCAUUUUGACAUAAUUUUUAUAUCAAGUGAGAGAUCAAGAUGAGUUGCCUAAUUGUUUGUUGGAUAUCUAGUUUUGAUAUUUGUAAAUGAGUCUGUAUUUUCUCUGACAUAUUUUUGUGAACUUUGUAUAAAAGGAUUGAGCUGUAACCUUUUGAAUAAAUGUCUAUGUCCUCUA